AUGUGCCUCCUGGGUGACCCUGUGGCGGUCCGCAACCUUCAAGAGCAGAUCGUUCGUCUGGGAGGACAAUGGUGUUUCGAGUUCCCUGCCAAGAAAUCUCACUCGUUGGACUUCUCGGCUACGGGAGAGGUCGAGGAGCUUGCGGAUUUCAAGCACCUUGGGGUUAGCUUCAGGCUACUGCCCUGA